GUCGGAGAAAAAAAAAUCUGCGUAAAGCUUCGUCCUUUGUGCGUGUGGGGAGGAAAUAGCCUGGCUGGGUUUCUCUUCUCUCCCAGACGAUUCUGCGUUGGCAAAAUCCAGAGUAUAUCUGAAUCACGACGCCGAGUCAACUCGCUCCGAGUUUCUCCAUAAGGAGCGAUGAAUCGGCUGAGAGGGCGAGGGGCAUGGCUUCUAGGUUCAGCAGCUAUGCCUCAUCUGAAGAAGAGAGCCCAGAACUCAUUGGUCGCUCUCCAAGACUCUUAUAUCUCCACCAAGGAUUUGUUGGAGAGGCAGAGGGUCGUGUUUACAGUUGCAACUUCUGUUGCAUCUGUUGCUACCGCUUGGAUUGGUUAUUCGUUACGCCACUACAAUGAAACUAGGAUCGAUCAGAGGCUGGAAUCGAUUGAAAAUGCGAUGAAACACACUCAUGAACUGGAACGAGGAGAACUCAAGGAGCUUGUUGAUCCAGUGGGUUCCAGGUUCACUUCAACAAUUGCCACCGCUGGAACAACUUUGAUCCUCGGGUAUGGCUUGGGUUGGCGUGGAGGGAUAUGGUAUGCAAACAGGAAGUUUAAAAGAGAACAAAUGAUAUUGGCUGGGCAGUUAAAACCGAGAGAAUGGAAGUUAUUAUUAGGGAGGAUUAAACCCCGAGCUUGGCCUACUUCAAGGUUCCUUAGACGACCUUUCCCAAGGCAGAACAAAACAGCAACAACAGAUAAUGCUUUGAAGACACCACCACCACCUGAGGGUGCCGCUUGAAAGAAUCAGAAAAAACUGGUUUGGGGAGAAACAAUUCAAAAAGCAAUUAGCUAAUCGAAACAAAAGAACGAUUCCCUUCUUUUUUUUUGCUCUCUCUGUAGAUUCUCGAAAUUAAUCCAAGUGUAUACACAUCCGUUUUUGUCAUGAAGUUGUUCCUUGUAAUUGAUCAAGUUCAAAUACUGUCUGCAUUUUUUUCUUCUUGAGACAAUAUUAAUUGCAAUGAACAUGAAACCUGCUUCACG